AUGGGUUCGAAAUUCUGGCCGAAACGGGGCUCGCCGGGAAUUCUGCACCAUUGGACGGAGACCUUGGUGACGUUUGAGUUCACCAACGGCGCAAAGCCCAAGCCUCACAGUAUUUUGUUUAUUGGUGGUUUAGGCGAUGGUCUGGCCACGACGUCUUAUGUGGCUGACGUGGUGACAGCGCUGCAGCCGACGUCAUGGUCGCUGUUCACGCUGAACCUCUCAUCAUCGUACCAAGCUUGGGGCUUCGGUCAUCUCGACAGAGACACUGACGAGAUUGCGCAAUGCAUUAACUACAUCAAGGAGUACAAGAAGGAGAAGUAUGGUCAAGAGGGCAAGUUUGUCCUGAUGGGCCACUCGACAGGCAGCCAAUGUGUGCUGCACUACCUCUCCAAGCCCAACCCGCACACCAGUAAGCCCCCGUUUGACCGCUGGCUCGAGCACGUCAAGCGGCCAGUCGUCGAUGGCGGCAUAAUGCAGGCGCCAGUCUCUGAUCGGGAGGCCAUUCAGUGGGUGAUUAGCGAAGGUUUCAUGGGCAAGACGCCGAUGGAGCUCCAGGAGACGUACGACAAGCUCGUAGCCAUGGCUAAGGAGGCUGUCGCGAAGGAUAUCAGCUGGGAUGUCCCGUUACCGUUGUCUCUGACAUCGCAGUUUGGCUACGGGUUCAGCACGCCGGUUAGUGCCCGGAGGUUUUUGAGCCUCGUCAGCCCGGAGAGCCCAAAAUCUCCAUCCGAGGAUGACCUGUUCAGCUCCGACUUGCCCGACGAGCAUCUAGCCAAGACAUUUGGCAUGGUUGGGCAGCGCGGGCUGCUCCGGUACAAGCUCAUGGUACUGAUGUCGGGUGCGGACCAGGCUGUGCCGAGCUGGGUGGACAAGGACAAGCUGAUGGCGAGGUGGAAAGCGGCCGCGAAUGCCAAUUCCAAGACGCCAGUAUGGGAUGAGCGGAGCGGGCAGAUACCUGGGGCGUCACAUGCAUUGAGUAAUGACGAUCAGGCUGAACCACGGAGGAUUCUCUGCAGCAAGGUAUUGAGCUACAUUGCGGAUGUUGAAAAGCUCUAG